AUGAAGUCAGAACCUAACCCUGAAGAGGAUACCAACGAGCCUCAGGCUAAAGAAGAGAUUACCCUUGAGGAUAUCGUGAAAUCACAGAAAGAACUUGAAAAAUCCUUGAUUACGAAGGUAUACCAGUCAAAGCAGGAAACAGAGAAUAUGAAUAAAAGAGUACAAGAUGUCAUGGAACGUAUGGAUGAGCUUUAUCCUAUUCAAGCAGCUCUUGACCAGAUCAAGAGUAAAGGCGAAACUGAUAUAUUGGGGUACCUUUCAAACGAAAUUCAUAAGAACUAUAUUGUUAAAAUGACUGAUAGAAUAGACCAAUUUGAGUCAACAAAAGCAGUCCAGAGUGAUAUGGACACUACCAGAGUAGACAUCCAAAACAUCAAAAACAUACUAAACUCCUUCCAAAGAGAUCUAGAAGAUCAGGACCAAAAAGGAAGGGAAAGUGAGCAGAACCUUCUUCAAAGAAUGAACACUCUUACUGAAAAAGAGAUUGUAGAGCAGCUUGAUAUGACAAUUAAACAGAAAUCAGAUGAACUCCAGAUCUUCGCAGAUUCUGUGAAGGAGAACUAUCCCUCUAGGGAAGAAAUUGAGGAAAUUAUUAAUAAAAUUCAUGAGCAAAAUACCAAAAAUUUUGUCUUGAAGAAAGACUUCACUGACGAUCUCCAAAAAGCGUCAGAGGAAGUAAAGGAAUGCAGAGAGUUUGCUGAAAAGAAGAUCAAGGAAUUAAAUCUCAAGAUCACUAACAGUCAAGACAGCAUUAAGAAAAGGGCUACAAUCGAUCAACUGGAUCAAACAAAUAAAACCAUUGAAACAUUGUCUUCUAAGAAAGACUUUGAAAUAUUCCAGAAAAAGAUUAGAACUGAAAUAGUUCCCCGCAUCCGGUCUUGAGAAGAUGAUCUUCUUAAAUUCCUGACUCAACUUGAACAGAACAAAGAGAUUAUUCGAAGAUUUGACGAAAUAAUGAGCACGAAGGCGAAUAAAGUCAGCCUUGAUCCAAUCAAACACCAGGUUGACCAAUGUCUUAAGGCUUCUAUGUUUAAUGAGAAUUUGAAACAAUUUGAAGAUAGAUUCCAAGCCCAUCAUGCAGUGGUAGAUGACCUUAAGCAACAAUUUGAAGCACUUAAUAAAGUAGUUGGAAUCGAGAUAUUCUCUGCAGUCAAGAAAGGCAUCAAAGAAGUUAGAAAUGAAAUGAAAAUGAACAACUCCAAGGAAAACACAGUGACAUUUAAAGAUGUCGAUGAUAUCAUUUCAGGAAAGGUUGAGAGGAGUGAGCUUAUUUCUUUGCUUGAUUUCAAGUCAAACAAGAUUGACACCGACACAAGCAUGAAAGCUAUUGAUAUACUGCAUAAGCAAAUAAAGCAUCUCUCUGUCAUCUUAGUGGAAAUCUUAAGAAAAGAUAGUUUAAAAAUGCUUAAGCCUAAAGAUAGUGAAAAUAUCUCUAAAAACAACACUUUUGAGAUUCUGAACCAAUUACUAUCAAUUUCAAAAUGGAUUAACGGAUUCGAUCCUGAAAAUAUUAACACAACUGAUCUCAAACUCCCUGCUAACCUAAACAACUAUCAAGACCUUGUCAACGAAGCUUUAGGAGAUAUCGAAUGCCAGGUUAUCCCUAGAACUCUCAAGGCUCCAUUGGGACAUUCCUUAGAAAGAAGGAACCAGAGCUCUCAAAAGAUGGUCAAGCUUAACAAAUAUCUUUCAAAAAGGAGACAGAAUAAGUCAAUGGCUUAUUCUAGGGAUUAUGACCAGGACCAUGUCAUUAAGGUGCCUAAGAAGCACAGAAUGAAUAAAAAGUUCUUAAUGAUGAUGAAGAACCAGAACUUUGAGAAUACGCUUAGCAAUCCCACACUGAAAGGCCAACAAAAAGGGGGAGAGCUUGGACAAGUUAAUGAUUAUUCUGCUGACCAGCAAAGGUUAAGACCUAUGGCUAGUCUUCAAGAUAAGGAAUAGAUGAAUUAACUUAAGGAUAUGAGGAUUUUCAAUA